AUGGCUGUAGCCUCGUUUCCACAAAAUACAGAUGUAAUUGUGGAUGAGCGAUGGAAAAUUGUCAGAGAUACAGUUGUUGCCAUUCUCAACAAGGCGAUGUCGCAAUAUUCCUUUCAGCAGGUGCAUCAUUCCGUAUUUCAAAUGUGCCAACAACAACGCAGCGGAGUACUCUUUGAUAACCUUGAGGCGAUACUUUCAUCUCAUGUAAAUGGCUUGUCUGACCGGCUGCUCAGAGUCGCAGAGGAGACAUUUUUGCAAAGCUUGAAAAAGGAAUGGGAUGAGUUUACUUUGGCAGUGAAUUAUAUUGGCAAGACCUUAUUAUAUCUCAACAACAAUUAUACGUGUCACGGGCAAACAAUUCCACAAAUGGGGGAACGCCUCUUUUGUGAUGUCGUGCUGCGAAAUGCUCAGCUGUCUGAAGCAUUUGUAAAGUGCGUUCGAGGCAGCCUGUCUGCUGAUGCAGAUGCCAAACGAGCUCUCAAGGCGUUGGGCUUGAAGAUUUCUCAAUUGUACAGAGAUGUCCUCUACGAACCCCAAGUAGAGAAGCCCCUCAUUGCUGUCUUGACGGAGCAAUACCGACAGGAAAUGCUAAUAAAACAAUGUGAGUUGGACAUCAACGGCUAUGUUGGGUGGGCGCUUCACGUCAUUGAGGACGUCGAAGCCAAGGUCUCGGCUAUACUUGGGGAAGACACUGGCCGGCGUGUUGAGACGAGCCUUGGAAUAUUGUUGAUCAAAGACAACAAAGAAAGACUUCUUUACAGCCAACCUGGAGGUGGUGCUGCGAUGGUGGAGGCAAUGAAUAUUCCAUGCGUGCAUCGCCUGGCGACGGCUCUCGCGAAGGUGGGCGAAUCAGAAAGUUAUCUGGAGAUGGUCGUGAGCGCCGCAAUAAAGAUGGGAACUGAGGCGUUAAAAGAUGUGAGUCAGGCCGACCCGGUAGUGGCCGUGGAAAAGCUUUUGGCGUUGAGGGACAGGCUAGAAAAUCUGGUCUUAAACUUGCCUGGUGUUUCCAAAGCCAGUCAAUCCCCGGUGCCUCGAGCGCUUGCGGGGAUCCUCAACGAAAACGCCUGGUUUGCGGAGAAGCUUGCUUACUACUGCGAUGCCAAGGUCAGGGCCAAGAUAAACGAGGCUGAACUGGAGCGCGUUGCUGCCGACGUCUUUGGUCUGUUUCGUCUUUUAAAGUCACGAGACGCGUUUGAGCACAACUUCAAACUACUGAUUGCCUCCAGGUUGAUCAAUUCCAAGCCUGAAGAUCCACUGACGCAGGAAAACUUUUUAAUUGACCGGCUCCGGGACGAGUCUGGCGACCCCAUUGUAAAUCACUUUGAUGUUAUGAUGAAAGAUGUGCGCAUGCGCGUCGGCCUCAACAAUGGGUUUCUUCGCCAGCUUGGCGCCAAGACGGAGCUGCCAUGCGAAUUCCACGCCACCGUCAUCACCACUGGCGUUUGGCCCGAUUACGCAGACCCGGGGAUCGAGCUUCCGGAGAGCAUGCAGCACUGCAUGCGGCUAUUCCGCUCCUACUACCUUCCACGUCAUAAUGGGAGGCGGCUUUCCUUUCACACCGCCCUAGGGACGGUGGUGUUUACGCUGAAUCACGGGAAGACGUAUGAGCUUGUGGCACCCACGUCCUUUGUGAAUACAAUUCUCUGCUUUCAAGACGGGGGUCCAGGCAGUGAGGGCUUGUCACUGCAGCAAAUAUCUAGUGAGGCGAAGUUGUCCGAGGGAAGCAUUUUACCUCAAUUGGAAUCUCUUUUGCAGUUGGGUUUGAUAACGGUGUCCCGCGUCAACGGCGUUUCGGCGUAUGCGUUUAAUCACGCUUUUAGUCAUCCCAAAAGUAAACUGCGUCUACGUGCGGCAGGUGGAAACAGGGCGACGGAGGACUGCCUGGAGCCACGAACCCCGCGUGACUCGGAGAACUCGCACGCGAUCAGUAUUCAGGCAGCGAUUGUGCAGAUAAUCAAGAGCAGGAAAACAAUGGAGCACCUCCAGUUGUGCGGGUGUGUGACGGAGGCGCUUCAAAAGGUCGGAUUCGCGCCGUCGAUGACUGAGAUUAAGCAGGGUUUGGAGACCCUCCUGAAGAAGGGACUGCUCUCACGCGGCAGGAGUCCGGGCGUCUACGUCUACGAGACCUAG